AUGGAGGACAACAUCCUCCGGUGCGUGAUUUGCCCCGGGCAGCCCCAUUUCAGCGAUGUCUCCCACCUGUUGACCCACACUGCCUCCAAGGCCCAUCUGGCCAAUCACUUCAAGCUUCAGCUUCGCAGUGAGGAUCCUCGCGUAGCCGAGAUUCUCAAACAAUACGGUGACUGGUUUGAAGCCAAUGGCUUCGCCAAGCAGCUGACGACGCGGAUGGUCAACAAAGAAAACCGGAAGAAGAAACAAUUGGGAGAAGCUUCAAUGUCCAAUGCUACUCUAGCUACUGGAGAUCGGGCGCCCAAUGUCGAAAGGGAGGUCUCCAACACCUCUGCCGCAACAUUGAUCCCUGAAUUUCUUGAUCCUCGAUUGGCUGGUUCUUACAACGGCAACCAGCAGAAGGAUACAGUCCUCAUGCCGACCACGCCCGACCGCUUGCCCAUUGUGAACAGCACUGAGAGAUCUUGGACAGGUCCGAUCCUCCGCUCGAUGCGAUCCGCGAAUGGCAGAAGCUCGAACCCUGAGCAGCUAGCGAAUAUUCCUGGACUGGACGACAACCAUCGACCAUUGGCUUUACCUGUGACCCCGAUACAGCCCCAGCGUAAACUGGACACUGAGGACAUAGUUUGGGCUUCGGGCCAGGAUAGCCCUGACCCUUUUGACAACUCUACUGGACAUCCUGAAUCAUCGGGUGAUGUGGAAAUGGACAAGAUCCGCGCUGAAGAGAUGGCAAGACUCAAGGGAGUUCUGUGGCCAGGCAUGGAUAUUUUUGAUUCUGCUACCCCCAAAACGCGCCGAAAGCGCAACCAGAAGAAGGAUGGCACUGUUUUGAAGCAGAUGGAAAUCACUUCUUUGUGCGUGGAACCCAAUGAGCAGGUCUUCUCCUACAGUGGCACCUUGCUGAAGGAACGUGAGAUCACGGGUAAUGUGGAAGAAUACAGCCCGCUGAGAGGAGAGACGCCGGUCCCCAAGCGGCGCAUGACUCGAUCUCAGGGCAACCGCUUGGCGAGAGCUGACCCAAAUGUGCCCCGUGCUAUGGACAGAAGGCGACAGAGGACUGCUGCACGUAAGGGCCGCAAGAACGCCAGAGAUAGAACAGCUAAAGAAGAGCCCACUCCACCUCGCCGAUCUCAUCGUGCAACAGAUCGUACCCAUUCUUACCUUGAAGACGAUGAUGAUCUGAGCCUUACCGUUAGCGCGUUUGGCAACCAAUCAAGGGGUGGCCUCGGCGUUUUUGUUGAUCAAGAACAUGGGAUGCAAAGAAUGUAUCAAGAACCAAUCAUGGGAUUCACAGGACAGUAUGAAACGUUGACCCCCACACGCCUUAUUUUGAAUGGAAAGACAGAUACCUCUGGAACUCAAUUUCCGGGGAAUGGACACAUAGCUAUUGCAAAGGAAAACAUCCAGCCUAUUUUGAACUCCCAGGGUCGAAUCGGCCCUCACGCUUGGCAUUCUCCCAUUGCUAAACGCACGGCUCCUGGUAGCUUUGAUCACGGCUCUCCAUACAAUUUUGAACCUAUUGGUCCACACAACAGUCAAGACAAGGUUUGGUAUCCAUUCAACCCUCUGCAAGCCCCCUUGUCGCAACCGGUUGACAUCAACCAAUACAACAAGGAGCCUGCAGCAGCCCAGAAUAGCUGGUUUUCAGUGAACCAUGCAGCUCCAUCUGAAGAAACCAUCGACGAAGAUGACAACAUGCUUUCUUCGUACUACUUGACGGGCGAUGCUAAGUAA